GCGCGACGCACAGUCGCGCGGCCUGAUCGUUACGCGACGCUCGUCGUCGCUGGCUGUUUCCGUUGUUUGCACAAUGAAGAGCGCGGCGUGAGAGUGCGCGAGUGAUUCCGCCCCGUGGCCGCGACGACGAAUGUCCACUGGCGCGGCUGCCUCCGCCGCCGCCGUCGCUGCUGCUGCUGCUGACGCUCCCCGUCGACCGAUCCAGCGCGCAGUCCAAGUUUUGAGCGCGAUGGCAAGACCCAUUGCAGCGAAGAAAAAGAAGAAGACGACGACGAGGACGACGACGAGGACGACGACGACGACGACGACGACGACGACGACGACGACGCAGCAGCGGGCGACAAGAGCAGUCGCAGCGGCGAAGGCCGGAAAGCGCCAAUUUCCGGCAAAGUGACGAAGUGACAGCAAAGGCGAGCCCGGCGAGCACCAUGCGUCGAACGUUGCAUCCCGUCCUACUCGUGACGCUGGCCAUCGCGAGAUGCUGGUCGCUGAGCGGCCUGAGCGGCCUGAGCGGACUGCGCGCCGCGAUCAACGCCCACAAGAUCUUCGUCCCGGAGAGGGGCAGGUGCGACUUCGACAACGGCUGCGACUGGAAGUGGAACCUGACCGACGACGCGUUCAGGCUCGUUAAGCCGCCACUGGCCAACCAGCUGGCGCCGAUCGCCGACGCCGACGGCAAUCCGCAAGGCCAAUUUUUGUACCUGAGCGGCAAGAAGAGGGGCCUGUUCAACUCGACCAUCAUCGAGCGCACGAGCGUCGACUGCAGCGUCGAGUUCUACUUCUACCAGGUGGACAUGGAGCAUGGCCGCAUCAGCCUGAUCAUCGAGACGUACAACGGCACCAAGGUCAUCGCCAACGAGCGCGACGGCAGCAACGCGCCCGAAUGGCUGCCGGCCAAGUUCAUCCUCGGGCUGAAGAGCCAGCCGUUCGUCGUCAUCUUGGAGGUCGAGGCGCCGUACGAAAACUCGAGCUUCGCCGUGGACAACGUGCGCAUGGUCGACUGCCGGAGCAAGCACGGGCGCCUGCUGCCGCUCGAGGCCGGCCUCGGCGAGUGCAAGCCGCCGCUCACGUUCAAGUGCAACAACGGCUCGUGCUUGAAGCGCGACCACGUCUGCGACCUGCGGCUCGACUGCGGCGACGGCGAGGACGAACUCGGCGACUGCGACAAGGUGCCGACGUACGCGCGGUGCAGCUUCGAGUCCGGCUUUUGCGGAUGGUGGAACGAGCCCACUCGCGAGCUCAACUGGACGCUCGAUCACGGAUCGACGCAGUCCGGCUACACCGACCACACUUAUCGCAACAGCAGCUACGGAACCUUCGCCUACAUAGACAUGGUGAACGGCAAAUACGGCAGCCGCGCCACGCUGAGGAGUCCGGUCUUCAACCCGACGCCCCCGUACCACAGCGACGCUAGCAGCCAGUAUUACCAAAGCUGCAAGCUGCGCUUCGCGUACUACAAGCAAAGCUCGCACCCUGUCGGCCUGGCGGUGUACCUGGUGGAGCUGCGGGAACACAACAAUCACAGCAGUCGCAUCUUCUGGUCCUUCAAGGAGCACGCCUACGCGGUGUGGCUCAGCCCGGUGACGCAUCUGCCGGCGGUGCGCUACAAGUACUACCUGCAGUUCGAGGCGACCAAGAGCUACCAGAAGGCCGAGGUCGCCAUCGACGACAUCUCGCUUAGUCCCGAGUGCUUCGGCAUUGGUGUGCCGCGAGACGUCGUCGGCGACUACAACUACUACAACCAGAAGGCACAGGCGGUGCCGCCUAAGCACAGCGAGUUCGUCAAUCAGACGAUGAUCGUGAUCGACAGCUGUGGCCAGACCGGCAGGUUCGGGCCCACUCCCGAGCAGUGUCCCGACUCGCACAACGGCACCGAGCAGCUGGACGCGCCGGAGGACGAGAGAGCCGCAACAAAGCUGAGGCCCGUCAAGAGCAAACUCAGGGAAAUUGGCAUUCGACGCUGGGUCGUGCCCGCCGACGGCCACUACACGAUCAUCGCGACGGGGGCACGCGGUGGCACGGGUGCGCUCACCGUCGGCGUGAGCCUUGGCGGCUUGGUACGCGGCGUCGCCGAGCUGAGCAAAGGCCAGGAGCUGUUCUUCAUGAUCGGCCAGCCUGGCACCGACGCGUGUCCCAAGAGCCUGGGCAUGAGAAACGACGCCUGCGUCUACCACUCGAACGAGCAGCAGCAGCAGCAGCAGCAGCAGCAGCAGCAGCACACGUCGGCGGACCACUCGCCGGUGCACAUCGUGAGAAGAACGGAGCUGAGCGACGGUGCCGGCGGCGGCGGCGGCGCCACUUACGUGUUCACGCUCAACGAGAACGGCGUGCAGCAGCCUCUGAUCAUCGCGGGCGGCGGUGGUGGUCUCGGUCCCAGCCGAUAUAUCGACGAGGACGUGCAGCACGGCAAAGGAUUCCUGCCCAGCGAGAGGAAUCCGACGAGCGGUAAUUCCGACAAGAAGAAUUCCGGCGCCGGCGGUGGCUGGCUGCCGAAUGGAAGCAACGACACGGUGGCCAACGGCCAGCCACUGUCGAAGGGUGGCAUUGGCGGCAUGGGUUGUGGACCUAACCGAACAAGCGGACACGGCGACGGAGGCUUCGGCGGUGGCGGCGGUGGCUGUCUUCACGGUGGUGGUGGCGGCGGUUACGCAGGUGGCGAUACCGGUGGCCAGGAGUCGGGCAACGGCGCCGGCGGCUUUUCGUACGCGGCGCCCGAGCUGCAGUACGUGGACUUCCAGGCGAAAGCCAACGGCGGGCCCGGCGAGGUGAUCAUCGUUCCAGCGAUCAGCCGUGGCUGUGACUGCGCCUCCCACUGCGUGGUUCUGGAUCGUCAUUUGAGCGACGCGAGAUGCCUGUGCCCCAGCGGCAAGCAACUGAACGACGACGACGGCACUUGCGACGAGACGAAGAGUCUGGACCAGACCUACAAGAACCUGGUGGAGACGGUGCUGAUAGUCGUGAGCAUCAUCAUGUCGAUCGCGCUGUCCGGCUUAUGCUUCACCUUGUACCAACGCUACCAAAACAAGAAGGAACUGAAGCGGAGGCGCCAGGUGAUGUUCGGCAACGGCACCGAGCUCGCGUCGCUGAGGGUCGUGUCCGACAACAUAAUGACGGAGUUCAAUCCGAACUACGAGUUCGCGGGCAACCUCUACAGCUUCAAGGACCUGCCGCAGAUCCCCAGGGACAACAUCUCGCUGGUCAAGCCGCUGGGUCAAGGGGCGUUCGGCGAGGUCUACCAAGGCAUGUACAAGUACAGGCGCGAGCAGCAGUACCCGGUGGCCGUGAAGACGCUGCCGUCCAUCUCGACGCCGCAAGCCGAGGCGGACUUCAUGAUGGAGGCGCUGAUAAUGAGCAAGUUCAGCCACGCCAACAUCGUGCAGUUCAUCGGCGUGUCGUUCGACAAGCACCCGCGCUACAUCGUGCUCGAGCUGCUGGCCGGCGGCGACCUCAAGAACUUCCUGCGCGAGGAGCGACCCAAGGCCGACCGGCCAACCAAGCUCGACAUGAAGGACCUGAUAACGUGCGCCUCCGACGUGGCCAAGGGCUGCAAGUACCUGGAGGACUCGCGCUUCAUCCACCGCGACAUCGCGGCGCGCAACUGCCUGCUCACCUGCAAGCACAACCCCAACCGCGCGGUCAAGAUCGCCGACUUCGGCAUGGCCAGGGACAUCUACCGCAGCGACUACUACAGGAAGGGCGGCAAGGCCAUGCUGCCGAUCAAGUGGAUGCCGCCCGAGAGCUUCCUCGACGGCAUCUUCACGACCAAGACCGACGUCUGGGCCUUCGGCGUGCUGCUCUGGGAGAUCAUGUCGUUCGGCUACAUGCCCUACACCGGCUGCGCCAAUCGCGAGGUCAUGUCCAUGGUGACGAGCGGCGGCCGCCUGGAGAAGCCGGCCGGCUGCCCCGACCCGAUCUACGGCAUCAUGACGCGCUGCUGGCACCCGAGUCCCGAGGAGCGUCCGAGCUUCGGCACCAUCGUCGAGAGGAUCGGUUACUGCCUGCAGGAUCCCGACGUGGUCAACCACCCGACGCCCAACUACGACUCGCUGCCCAUCUGCGAGCGCGAGAUCACGGUCAUGCGGCCCGACCCCGAGACCGAGUGCAUCAACGUGCAUCCGGACAUCGACGGCUACGUGCAGCCGAGGGCCAGCUACUGGCCGGUGUCCAGCUACCGCCUCGGCCAGCCGCCCGGCGUCGUCUGCGGCUCGGCGGCGCGCGCGCCCCGGCCGGCCUCGCCGCCGGCGCCGCCCUCGCCGCCCUCGCCGCCCUCGCCGCCCUCGCCGCCCCGCGAGCCUGUCCAGGACGACGACGCCAACGCCAACGCGCGCGCGGCGGCGCCGCCGCCGCCUACCGACCAGGAGGACGACGCCAACGCCAACGCCCAGCGGCGUCCGGACAACGGCCACGGGGGCGCGGACAACGGCAACGCGGACGGCGCGGCCGCCGCGACCGGCAGCCCGGGCAGCGUGAACGGCGUGCGCAGGAGUGCGCUCAAGGCCGCGCUGAGCCUGGACCCCGGCGCGCUGUGCCGCGGCGCGGCCAUCCCCUACGAGAAGAUCGCCAAGCCCAGCGGCGCCGAGCUGCGACAGGAGCCGCUGCCGCGCGAGGAGUGCUCCUGCUGAGGCUCGUGCGGCGGGGGCCGACGCUCCCCGGCGUCCGACGGCGGCUGCGCCGGCCGCUGCCACCGGCCGCGCGGCCCGCGGCGCUCGCUCACCAUGCCCGCCCUGCGCUGCCGCGCCGUCGCCGCCACCGCCUCCAACUCGU